AUGGUUCCCUACUUCAACCGUGUAGCUCUUCUUAUGACGGCCUUGAUUGCUCUUGGGAGCCUAGCGGCCGUGUCCCGUGGGCAGUUGAAGGUCGGAUUUUACUCCAAAACGUGCCCCAACGCAGAGUCCAUAGUGUUCUCAGUUGUAGCCAAACAUUUCGGCAUUGACGAGACAAUCCCGGCACCCAUCCUUAGAAUGUUCUUCCACGACUGCUUUGUCCGUGGCUGCGACGGCUCCAUCCUUCUCGACGGGCCCACCUCUGAGAAGACGGCUAUCCCAAACCAAAGUCUCAGGGGAUUCGAAGUCAUUAACGAAGCCAAGGAGCAAAUCGAGGCUGUCUGCCCUGGCGUCGUCUCUUGCGCCGACAUUCUUGCCCUAGCCGCACGUGAUUCUGUAGUGCUCACGGGUGGACUACGUUGGCAAAUGACAACCGGGCGUCGAGACGGACGGAUAUCUCAGGCGAGUGAUGUGGGCAACCUCCCGAGUCCUUUCGACAAUUUCGACACCCAAAAGACCAAAUUUGCCGCUAAAGGUCUCAACACAACAGAUCUUGUGGCCCUCCUUGGCGCGCACACGAUCGGGACAGCGGCAUGCCAGUUCAUCAGCUACCGUCUGUACAACUACAACGGUACGGGCAAGCCCGACCCUACCAUCAACCCGCUCUUCCUCCCGAUCCUGCGGAGGGACUGCCCGCAGAACGGGAAUGCGACCAAGCGGGUCCCGCUCGAUAGGGCUACCCCGACCAGGUUCGACAACGCGUUCUACUUGGAAGUGGCCACGGGGUUUGUGGUUCUCGAGUCGGACCAGAGGCUGUUCAGCAGCAUGGAAGGCCAGAUCCCGGUCGCCCAACUCGCAUUGAAAUUCUUCGGCAACAAUAAAUUCGGCAAUGCCAUGAACAAGAUGGGGGCCAUUGAGGUGCUGACGGGGACCAACGGAGAGAUCCGGAACGUUUGUAAUGUCACUAAUUAA